CCUUCAGCCUCCAGCCAUUUCCGAACCGCAGAAACUUUAGGUCUGGGGCAGGUUCGGGACGAGGAACUUCUUCACUGGGGCAUUCUCCAGCCUAGUUCUCUCUUCAACUGCACAGGCCUCUCGCCUCAGCUCUGCGUUAGCCUCGAUCCUCUUCAACUCUGCAUCAUGGCUCCCAAGAGGGGUACCCUCAAGACUCCGGUCGCAGCCCCCGCGCUGAAGAAGCAGGCUCCAGUGAAGACUGUGAAUCCUCUGUUCGAGAAGAGGCCGAAGCAGUUCGGUAUAGGAGGGGCCAUACCGCCUAAGCGAGAUCUUCACAGAUUCGUGAAAUGGCCCAAGUAUGUGCGUAUUCAGCGCCAGCGACGUGUGCUGAACCAGCGGUUGAAGGUCCCUCCCGCCUUGAACCAGUUCACGAAAACCCUGGAUAAGAACCUCGCCACCAGCUUGUUCAAGCUGUUGUUGAAGUAUCGACCCGAAGACAGGGCCGCCAAGAAGGAACGCCUCCUGAACAAGGCCAAGGCUGAGGCUGAGGGUAAGACUCUGGAGUCUAAGAAGCCCAUUGUUGUGAAAUACGGAAUCAACCACAUCACAUACCUUAUUGAGCAGAACAAGGCUCAGCUUGUGGUGAUUGCCCACGACGUUGACCCAAUUGAACUGGUGGUGUGGUUACCCGCGCUUUGCCGCAAGAUGGGUGUGCCAUACUGCAUCGUGAAGGGCAAGUCGCGCCUGGGGCAGAUAGUUCACGCGAAGACCGCUACAGCUUUGUGUUUGACCUCGGUGAAGAACGAGGACAAACACGAAUUCUCCAAGAUCAUUGAAGCCGUGAAGGCCAACUUCAAUGAGAAGUACGAUGAGCACAGGAGGCAUUGGGGCGGUGGUAUUAUGGGCGUUAAGUCUCAGGCCAAAACUAAGAUCAGAGAACGUGUUCUUGCUAAGGAGGCUGCCCAGAGAGCAAGUUAGGCAUUUUGGUGUUUGGAUUGUUCUGUUAAUGAGGACCAUGAUGUUUUCUAGGGGUAGGGAGAUUUGUUAACAUACCAACUGGAACAUGAGACUAUCAUUCAUCCCAUGCAAUCUGUGAUCUGAUGUGCAAGGACCCAAUGAAUUGUUGCAUAAAGCAGUUGGUGGGACAACUCCGAGCACCAUGUUGACAUAUUGUGUGCCACGUCACCGGCCUAAUUUACUCGAUUUUAAUUGUGGUACA